GUGAGUGAUAUCCUUUGAAAGCCUUUUUACACUAAGAGGGCAUUUGGUUGGGGGGAACAGGCAUGCAUUCCCCCUAUGCAGCGGGCCCACAACCAAACGGGUGUUUGGUUCACUGUAAUAACAUUACAGCCCGAAUCGGUUACUGGCCUAUUACUUUCAUUGCCCGUAAUAGCUAUUACGCCCCCUCAGCGCCGAUUAGGGAUUCCGCCCGCUUUUCAUCUUUUCUAUUCCAUUUUCUGCCCUCAUCAAGCUUCCGGUUCUCCCAAGUUUCCCUUCCAGAGGUAAUUUCUUUUCCCUUCCAUCGGUUCUGCCAUCUGUUCUUCUCGUUCGUUUCUUUUAUUUUCUUCAUGGAUUAUCUCUGUUAUUGUUGUUAUUUUCUUCAUAGAUUAUCUCGUUCGGUUCUGCCAUCGAUUCUUCUCGUUUUAUUUUCUUUUAUUUUCUUCAUGUAUUAUCUCUAUAAUUUCUUUUCCCUUCCAUCGGUUCUGCCAUCGGUUCUGCCGUCGCUUAAUCAACCGACUUCAAUAAUUCUCAAGGAAGGCUUUUAUUAGGGGGUGUUUGAAGCAACAUUUUUGGAGGCAUUAAUAAUACGUUCAAUCUUGGGUACCAACGCAGUUUUUAAUCUGAUAUUUCCAGUUUUCUUUAUAAACAAUUUUCGCCAUUUUUUUCUCAACUAACCCAUGGAAAAUCUCUCCCAAAUUCACCUAAUACCCAGAUUCCAACUCUUAUUUUUGAUAAAAAUCAUGGAGGCAGCAUCUUUAUCCGGAGUUCUUUCAUAUACCAAACUCUGUGGUUCCAGUCUCUGCUAUUCUGAUGAUAGAUUUUCAAGGCAUACGCAUUGCGUCUUUCUCACGACAUUCAUCUAAUGGAUUCAAUGGUGUGAAUAAACCUUCAUCUAAAGCCCUUAUCAAAGGACCCUUUCUCAGUGAUGGCCUAAUUCAGAGGAGAAAUCUACAUUUGCAAGCAAUUUGCAGGGUGGGGGUUUACACCUUGGGUGAAAAUGAUGUUGUGGAAUCUCAUCACUCACAUGCCAUGGAGGAAAAAAUUGGGGUUCUUCUUUUGAACCUUGGAGGGCCAGAGACACUUAAAGAUAUUCAACCUUUUCUAUAUAACUUGUUUGCUGAUCCUGAUAUAAUACGGUUGCCUGGGCUGUUUAAGUUACUUCAACGGCCAUUGGCGAAGCUAAUAUCUGUUCUUCGAGCUCUGAAAAGUGAAGAAGGGUAUGCUGCCAUUGGUGGCGGCUCGCUUUUGCGUAAAAUAACCGAUGAACAGGAAAAUGCUCUUCGAAUGGCUUUGGAGGCAAAGAAUGUGAAUGUCAGUGUGUAUGUUGGAAUGCGAUAUUGGUAUCCAUUCACAGAGGAGGUCAUUGAGCAGGUUGAUACAUUGUUGGACGGUAUCAAAUGGGAUGACAAAGGUUUAGCAGUGGCUAUAGCUCAAAAUGUUGACACUGGAGCCAUAUUAAUGCAAGGCUUUGUCAACAGGGGUGCACUAGCUACAACUAUCACUUCUGGGAAGGCAACGUUCUUCAGUCGAUCACGGGCAACAUUAUGGACAAAAGGAGAAACUUCCAACAAUUUCAUCAACAUUUAUGACAAAAGGAGAAACAAGUUAUGCGUGCAAUUUAGUUCGAGAGGUUUUUUGUUAGGUCAUGUAAGACUUUUGUUGGUUAAACUAUUAGAAAUUCAAGAGCAAAUUGGGUCCUCUAAUAUAAAAAUGAGCAAUUUAGUCCUUAUAUAAUUCGUUUUGAA